GUGUCAUGUCACUUUUUGCUGGCUGAUGGUCUAAAAAAUCUACGACGAGCGAUCACUGCACCACACAGAUUUUGACGAGAAGAUGGAACCUACUUUCUGCUCCGUGCGUAUUUUGAAGUGAACUUUGUGCGCCAAAUCGCCGUUUCCGCUGCGGAAAUUAUAGUGCAAAAGUGCUGGUAGAAGCCGUCCUCUAAGAUGGUAAAGAAAAAGUGCACUGAUAUCCGGAACGAUGAUUCCUCGACGGAAUCGAACGACGAAGCGCGGCUGCCUCUCCAUCAGGGCCCGGGGGAAAAAUGUGCCCACGUCAAGAAGGCCAUCGAUUCGAACACGGUCAAGAAGAAGCUGAAACAGAACGGGCUGGAGGCGCAGUGCCCCAAGUGCCAGGAGGACAAAUCGCUGCCCAAGCCGGAUCCGAUGGUUGGCGAGGGGCUGGAACUGGAGGAGGAGGAUAUCAUGUCUUCGCUGAGUCUUUGGCUGUGUCUGCAGUGCGGAACGCAGCUUUGCGGGCGCUCCAGAAACCAGCAUGCGCUCGAACAUUGCAAGGUUCCCCGCUCCGAACCACAUGUGAUAGCGAUGAAUACGACAGAUUUUCGGAUCUGGUGCUAUCAGUGUGACUCCGAAGUGAAUCCAAAGUCCUUUCCCAAGUUGCUCGAUUGCUACGAGUUUGUAAAACGUGAAGCGGAAAAGGUGAAGGAAAAUCCCCCGCAAAUCCUCGACAUCGAGCGGAAGAUGCAAGCUGCGGCCAGCGGAAUCCGCGCCAUGGGCGGCGCCACGCCAAUUGCGUCCGGAUCUUCCGUCACCAGCAGUACGAUGGGACUGGCAAGCAAUCAGAACCGGCUGGCGAACAGUAGUUCAUCCGCUCCUUCGUUGACCACUCCGAACUAUCGAGAUCUACGGUUGGACAUUCCACGGAAUCCUGCCUCUGCCAUCAUUGAUGGCCUGCCUCGAGUGCGUGGUCUCUCCAAUCUGGGCAACACCUGCUUCUAUAAUGCGGUCCUGCAGUGUCUGGCGCGCACACCCUUUCUGCUGGACGUCCUGAAGGAGUCCGCUGUCGAGGGAGAGAAGUUCCAGCUGCCCGGAGGACUGCUCAAGCUGAAGGAUGGCACGGAAACGGAACUGAUACCAAUCAGCGGCGAGUUGAAGGCUUGGGGAGCUUUCACGGAAUCGCUGGCCGAAACACUGACCGAGCUGCAGACCGGAGGGGGCGUAUUCACGCCGAGUAAGCUGCUGCGGCAGCUCACUGCCAAGUGGCCGCAGUUUGCCGGCGCCGAGCAGCACGAUUCGCACGAGCUGUUGCGCCACUUGCUGGAGAGCGUGCGGAGUGAGGAUCUGCGAAGAUACCAGCUGGUGAUCCUACUCUCGCUAGGUUACACGCGCAGCUCCAACCCCACGACCGUGGACGAUAUCAUGAAGGACAAAAUCAAAUUCUACGGCUCGCAGGCCGCCGAUCGGAUCUUCCGCCCGGAGCCGGUGUUCCGUGGCUUCCUCGUGUCGACCCUGAAGUGUCAGGAUUGCGACCACGUGUCCUCCCGGCACGAAUCCUUCCUGGACCUGUCGCUUCCGGUUAGUACCGAAAAGCCGCAGCCGCCCAUCCGACGAAAAGGAAGCCCCGAACCGGAGAUUGGUUACGGAGCCACUGCUUCAUCCUCUGCGGCACCUAGCAAACCGCUAAGCAGCAAGGAACGUCGACGGGUCAAGAAGGCCAAUCGCGCUGCCGCCAAGAAAGACAAGAACCUUCUGAAUUUGAACGCAACUGCGGGCGUUGGAGUGGCUGCUAGUGACGCUGGAACCGAUUCCGGUGCAGGACUAACUGCAGAAGGCGAUUCUGGUGCCGACGACGAUGACGGAAUGUCCGAUGCGGAUGUUGAAGACAAUCUAACCGACGAUUCGCAACCGAAGAAACUUGGCGGCGCCCAAGUGGACCAGAAUGGCAAUCAGCAGACGGUCGGACCGGAAAAGGCCGACGACACACCGGAGAACCCGAACAAGGAGGCCGAUGGUAAUGUGGUCUGCGAGUUGGGUAUUAGCGCGGAAGGAGUUGCUAACAUGGUGGAGAAGAUCUCUUUGAACUCUAGCGGUGAUCAACAGCAGGAGGAUCCGGAAGCCAAAAAGAAUAAGACCCGUCGUCAGAGAACCUAUAGUCAUGCCGAUUGGGGAAGCACGUUGGCUCCUCGGUACCAAUGCGAAGAGAACGAAUGCUCGAUACAAUCUUGCUUGAAUGCGUUUACGGCGGCCGAAUUGAUGACCGGAAGUAACAAGGUCUGCUGUGACGCCUGCACGGAGCGAAUCAACGGAAAGGACGGCAAGUCGGUCAACACGAAUGCAACGAAACAGUUUCUGAUUUCUUCCCCUCCGGCUGUCCUCAUUCUGCACCUCAAACGCUUCCAGGUUGGACCUCGCGGAAUGCUACGUAAAAUCAACAAAUCCGUCACGUUCCCCUUCGUGCUGGACAUUGCCCCGUUCUGCGGGUCCAAGGUCAAAAAGUUGCCCAACGUCAAGCACGGUCAGAAGAAACUGCUGUACUCGCUCUACGGGAUCGUGGAACAUUCGGGAACCAUGCACGGUGGACACUACGUAGCCUAUGUCAAGGUUCGGCCGCAGCUAACGAGGGACGAUCCCCGGUGGGAAUUCCUCCCGAAGGGAUCCAAAGCCGAGCUGGACCAGAAGGACGAGGAAGCCAUCCAGCUCGAGAAGGAACUGGCCAAAGAGCAAGCGCGCAAUCUGGCCGCGGCCGCCCGGGACAGUGACGAUGCGCUCAGUUCGUCCAGCAGCGUGACGUCCAGCAGUCAGUCCAGCACCGGGACAACGGCCUCCGAUGGCGAGGAGGAAGGCGCCGUGGGUUACACGCCGAAGCCGGAAAUCCUACCGGACGUGGAUCCGCCGCCCGGCAAGUGGUACUACGUGUCCGAUAGCCACGUGCGCGAAACGACCGAAGACCAGGUGCUGAACGCGAGCGCCUAUCUGCUGUUCUACGAGCGGAUCUUCUAGGGGGAAUGAAGGUAGUAGUCGGAAGGGGCGAGGGGGGAACGUCUGGGACGGAUCAGGGUUUCGGGUGGGUAGGUUCGCAAUGUGCGGUCAGUUAUCAUAUUGUUUUCUCUGCGGGAAUAAAUGGGGUUUUUUCUGAAUUGGCGUGUUCUUUCCAGUAA